CACCUGACCAGCGCCUUCCAUCCGGCCAGGUACGGCGACAACGACACAUCCCCUUCGGGGUUCAGACUGGCGCGGAACGGCCCCAUCACGCGGCCCAGCACCCCCUGGGGGCCCUCACACGGAGGCUCUUCCCACCUGGGGGCCGCCAGGGGGCCCGAUUGCAGUCGGACCUGGGGGUAGACACGGACGGAAGGGGGCGGGAGCAGAACCCCUAGCCUGCUGGGCCUCCUAGGCCAAGGAGCCCGGCUGGGAUCUCUCCAUGCACUUGGCUGCUGACGCGAGAGGGGAGACGAGGAGCAGGACCCGUCCUUCCCCAGCGCCCCAGCCUGGCCCCGCUUCCCGCGAUCAGGGCUCCUCCGGAGCUCCCGGUCCCAGCCCUGUCCCCAGCUUACCUGGACAGGCGGUGGUCCUUUGGGAAUACAGACCUCUGCCCAGUAUCUGCAGCCUGAGAGGGAGCCUGAGGAGGGGCGAGGCCGAACGGUGAGGGCUCGAGGAGGAGGGCUUGGGUUCCUGGUGCCUCCCGGGGCAGAUGAGGGAAGGGGCUACUCACGAAAGCUCCGAGCACAGAGAAAAAGCAGCAGCAGCGAGAGGGCGGCGAGGGGAACCGCGUGGCGGAAGCAGCGACGAGACACAUGCGCGACCCCCAUGGCUGGGGCGGGGACCACCGCCCCCGCGCCAGCCCUAAACCAGUCGCUGUCAGGAGGCCAGAGAAGUCCGAGGUGUCCUGAGGUGUUACGGGUUAAUAAUUAACCCACUAAGGCCCCUCACCCUGUGCCCUUUGCCCCCGAGGACAUCAUCUCUGCAUGAAAAACCAGAUGAAGAGGAUUUGGGGGGAUUCCUCAGCAACAAGUCUGCCCAGCCUUCCGUGUAGACCAGGUUGUGGGAAGAGGGAAGAGAGGCUGGGCUGAGAACCAGCCGCCCCACGGAGCAAUGGUGUGGGCCCUACGUCAGCACUGGCCUGGCGUUCCCUCCGAUGCACAGGAGAAUAGUAAUAGGUACUUUGUCGUUCUCGUCGGAGGAUUAAAUGAUAAUGUAUGUGCAAACACCAUAAAUGGAGAAAUACCACAAUUGGUUCAUAAAUCGUAUGAAGUUCAAACAUCGAGCACCUGGGACCCAGGAAGCACCCACUUCUAAAUUCUCUAUCCUGUCCUCAGGGGACUGUUCUGAUCCGGUGGUUUAUACUUUAGGCUUUCACAGGUUACAUUUUUGUGGUUUAGUUAUUUUUGUUUUGUUUUCUUUUUAACUCCAGGUUGGUUCUGGUUCACUGGUUAUUUCGUGUGUGUGUUUUAAUAGAGAUCUCUAUGCCCAACAUGGGACUUGAACUCAUGGUCCCAAGAUCAAGAGUCACAUUCUACAGACUGAGCCAGCCAAGCAUGCACCGUGCCACACCACACACCACCACUACCCCGCCUUUAUUCAUCCAAACAAACCUUAUUAACUAUUUCUUCAUCCAGGCCCCAUACUAAGCCUCAAGAAGACAGAAGUGCCUUCACAGAGCUCAAGAUACAUUGGAAAAUUUAUCAUCUGUCUCCAUGAUUUUCUUGGUUGCAGUUCUAUUUACAGCAUUUAGAACAUUGCCUGGGCCAAAAACACAUUACUGGUAUAUAAAUAUAUAUUGAAUAAACACAGGAAAGUAUGUAAAGAGCAGGCAAAUCCUGCGGUGACCCCAAGACAAACUGGUGCCAUUUUUUUCUUCCCAAAUUAGGAGGCCACCUACUGGUCAUGGCAGGGAAAGCAUUCAGGGAAAGGACACAGGAAGCAAGGGAUGAAACAGUCUCCCCUCUUCUUAGUGGCUCUCAAUCCCCUGUCCAUAAAGUUCUUGGAAUUGUUCCUGUCUGUGUAUUUUCUUCACCGGGGAAGGGGAACCCCAGGUUCUCUGGGAGUCUGAGCUCCAGUCACUAACAUGAUCCUUUCUAGCUACCACAGUGCAUUAAUUCUUGCCCUAUCUCUCCCUCGAAUGCUCUCCCCAAUCCUGGAGUCAGGAGCUACCCCCUCCCCAGCAUUUCAGAGCCAUUGCUUCAUCCCUAGACACGGGCUCCCCACUUCCCAGUGUUGGAAGUUUCCCCAGCUGUGACCUUAGGCAAGUUGCUUGUCAUUUCCAAACCCCAAGUUCCUCCUCUGGGAAUAGGCAGGGUCAUUCCCACCUCCUAAAAGGGUUGUCAGGAUUAACACACGCCUGCAAAACCUGAACCACAAUUCGUGGCCUAUGCUAGAUGUUCUGUAGGUGGUGGUGAAUUCAGCAAGUCAGCCCUCUCUGCUGCUGCUGCUGCUGCUCCUCCUCUCCUCCUCCUCCUGGGCUAGGGAGCCUCCGUCUCCCCCUGCAGAGAAUGGAGUCUGAUGGGUGCUGGGAACAGAUUAGUUUCGGGUGUCACUUAAUCCGGGAGGCCCUUCCGUAAUCGGAGACUUCCCAGGGGCAGAGGUGCUAUAAAUCUGCACAAGGGGCCCAGCCUGGCUCUCAGAGGCUGCAGGAUGGACAGGGGCGCCUAUGCCAAGCUGCUGCUGGUGCUGUGGACGGCCUGCUAUGGACAGGAAGGAGCCAACCACCUGAGCGGCUACACGUUGGUCAUCGAGGUGACCAACGGGGGACCUUGGGGCGACUGGGCCUGGCCUGAGAUGUGUCCUGAUGGAUUCUUUGCCAGCGGAUUCUCGCUCAAGGAGGAACCCCCCCAAGGCAUUGCUGGCGACGACACCGCUUUGAACGGGAUCCGGCUGCACUGCUCACGCGGGAACGCGGAGCGCAACACGCAGGUGGUGGAGUCCCAGUCCGGCAGGUGGGGCCUGUGGAGUGAGCCACUGUGGUGUCCUGGUGGUGGCUUCCUCAUGGCCUUCUCGCUGCGCGUGGAGGCACCCGUGAUGCCCGGGGACAACACGGCGGCCAACAACGUGCGCUUCCGCUGCUCCGACGGCACGGAGCUGGAGGGGCCCGGCCCGGCCUGGGGCAAAUUUGGAGAAUGGAGUGAGGCCUGCCCUAAGGGCGUGUGCGGUUUGCAGACCAAGGUGGAACGGUCGAGGGGCCUGCGAGAUGACACCGCGCUGAACGACGUGCGCUUUUUCUGCUGCCGAAACUGACGGCCCCCCCGCCCCCCCCCCCCGAGGCCGGGCCCG